AUGCAGCUACUCUCAAACCAACCUGCCAGGCUAGUAACGGCCACCAUUCUCGAGGACACUGGCCACUGCAUAUUCUUCAUCACGUACCGUUACUCUGGUCACCGCUUCUUGGUGGAUGCCGGUGCCGACGUCAGUAUCGUUCCUCCAACGCCUAGUGAGAAGCGUCAUCGUAAACCCGAGUACAUUCUGCAAUCUGUCACCACGUCCAGAUUGCCACUUACGGUCAGCGCUCAGUCACUCUCAACCUUGGUCUCAGGCGUGUAUUUCGAUGGGUCGUCGUCAGCACCGACCUUCCUUAUGCCAUUAUUGGAGCGGACUUCUUGUAAUUCUUUGACUUCCUGCUUGAUUUUCCGCCGCCGCUGCCUCGUUGACAAGGCAACCUCCCUCGCCGUACGUGGUAGUGUUUACACCAUAGCUAUCGUCAGCCCUACCAUCUGUCUCCCGUCGGCAGAUCCCUUUGGCGACAUCCUGAAGGACUUCCCUGGCGUCACACGGCAGACACACGCCACUACCCCGCCCAGGUAUACGGUGCCCAAUCACAUCGUCACGAAGGGCCCCUCGGUAUCCGCCCGCCCGAGACGCCUGGCACCCCAACGUCUUGCUAUCGCCGAAAAGGAGUUCGACCACAUGUUGGAACCUAUGGUAUCAUUCGGCCUUCUUCGAGCCCAUGGUCCUCUGCCCUCCACAUGUUUCCCAAAUCUACUUCGGGAGACUGGCGUCCUUGCGGAGACUACCGCGCCCUGA